UGGUUUAGUUUGGCGAUAAACCCUGUUUUAGAGAGGUGGAGGAAGGCAGCGAACUACAGACCAACAGGAAACUACGCCAAGUUUGUGUAAAAAAGACUUGAUUACAAAUACCUACAUUCCUCAGCAACGCUGGUGAUUCCUGUGCACAUGGGACCAGAUUGGCCAAUAGGAUUCCAGGAGACCACUAAACCCCAUCUUUCUCUAUAGCAACAGUGACCUCCUUAAUUUAUUUAUUUAUGACAGGGGAUUUUUCCUCGUCUGGGACUUUCCCCUCAGUAAGGUUUGUGUAAAGUGUGGAGAAUUGAUGACAAGCCAUUCUUUCAUGACAGGAUCUGUAUUUUGGAUUCAAAUACAUUUUUGCAAGUCUUCAUGUAUUUGUUUUUAGAUAUUCAGUAUGUUUAAGAUACAUUUGUUAAAACUUGCUUUGAAGGAGGGACACAUGCUUUUCAGUUGGAAACUACGCGCACGGUGGAAUCAUCCAGAAGGUUGUGUUUUUAAGAUGAGGAUGACCAUGAGGAGAGGACCUUUUUAAAUGGAGGGUUGAAGGGGUGUGGGCUAAAGGAUGGCGUGAGCUUUAAGGCCUGUGGUUGGGUAUAUCAGUACCACGUGUCACAUCCUGGCACCUUUUUGCUGUUUGUGGAGGCGGUUGAAUUGCAGGCUUGCUGUGCAGUGCCAGGACAGUUUCCUGUUUGGUCAGAGAUGGAUCUUGCCACAAGUUUACUUUAAGGAUUUUGUGUGGCGACAAGGUGGUGACAGUCACUGAAAGGAAACUGCAAACAACCAAGCCAGGGCUGGAAUCAGAAUUCUGAACAGUUCUUUUGAAGAGAAUGUUUCCAAUGUUGUCUCUCUGCUCAAUAGUCUGGCUAAAUCGGGGAUCUAAAUUGAGGAAAGUGCUUUGCUUCUCAAACACAGGCCAGCUCUGACUUCAAAAAAAACUUUUGCCAUUCAGGCCAACCAUGCCUCCUAGCUGAUAUUGCCCAAGUGUGUUCCACCAUCUUCACAAAAGCACUCUUGAUACUCCGCGUCGUUCAUCAACUCUUGUCAGUGAGUCAUCGGUCAACAUCUCCAGUCUGCACAACAUGGCAGCUGAGGGCUUCCAAUUCCGAUCGCUUUAUCCUUACAACAAAGAUCGGGAGGAGGACAUUGACCUCCAACCCGGGGACAUACUGACUGUCGCUGAAGCGUCCUUGGCCUCCCUGGGUCUGAAGGAUGGGGACCAUGAGCACCCGGAGCGUCUGGGCUGGAUGGUGGGGGUCAACAAGCGCACCCAACAGAUGGGAGACUUCCCAGGCACCUACGUUCAAUAUGUGGGACCUGUGACCAUGUCCCCGUCACCCAGUCAGCCUCGGCAACAGAGACCCCUCCCUGUGACACCCAGGCCCCAGCCUGUCCCAGCACAGCAAGGAACUUCAGGUUGUGAACAAAACCUCAGGUGCCCGACAGAAAAUACACCCCCUGCUAUGGGAAGGUUGGUAGAGGCCAUUGACAGGAAAGGUUUGGAGAGUGCGACACUAUGCAGCAUGUCUGGCUCCUUGGCUGCAGGCAGUCACAGGCCUGACCUGAACACUGAGCUGUGGGAGCCUGAGAUGGGCCAGUUUGAAGGCCAGGCACUCUUCCAGGCCCUGGUGGGCUUCCUGCAGAACCUGCCCUCCCCUCUCCUACCGGAGUCUGUGUGUGACAUCCUGAAGACCAUCAUCCUGGAGGAAAAAGAGCUGUCUGUAGAGGAGACGGACAAGCGCUUGGUGAAGGCCCUGGGGCCGCCUGCAGUUCCUCCCCAGAACAGUGUCACGCUGCAGUACCUCCUGAGACACCUGGAGAGGGUGGCCCAGAGCUCGGCUCACAGCGGCCUGGACCGCCAUGCUCUGGGGCUCCUCUUCGGCCCCCUGCUCCUGCCCCACCAGCCUCCCUCAGGGUCAGAGAAGGAUGGUCAGAUAUUUGCUCAGGUUUUGGAGAGACUGCUGUUAGUAAGGAGCUGGGAGCCGGAAGAACAGAAGCCUCCAGCGCUUCCGCCCAAACCCUCAAAGAGCAGAGCUGUUGCACUUUCGACCGCCAAUGACGACGGGGGGAAGCUAGCUAAUGAGGAAGUGGGGUUGUUAGGUGACGCAGAAUGGUACUGGGGGGACAUCUCCAGAGAGGAAGUGAAUGAAAAGAUGCGUGACUCUCCCGACGGCACGUUCCUGGUCCGAGAUGCUUCCAGCAAGGUGCAAAGAGAAUACACUCUCACUCUGAGGAAAGGAGGUAACAAUAAGCUGAUCAAGAUCUUCCACCGAGGGGGCCAGUACGGCUUCUCUGAGCCCCUGGACUUCAGCUCAGUGGUGGAGCUAAUCCAACACUACCACCACGAGUCCCUGGCCCAGUACAACCCCAAACUAGACACACGGCUCCUCUACCCCAUAUCCAAAUACCAGCAGGACCAGGUUGUGAAAGAGGACAGCGUCGACGCAGUAGGUGAACAGUUGAAGAUCUACCAUGACCAGUACCAGGAGAAGAGUAGAGAAUACGAUGCCCUCUACAAGGAAUACACUCAUACUUCCCAGGAGCUGCAGAUGAAGCGGACAGCUAUCGAGGCCUUCAACGAGACCAUCAAGAUCUUUGAAGAGCAAUGCCAGACCCAGGAGCAUUAUAGCCAGGUGUACAUCGACAAGUUCCAUAGAGAAGGCAACGACAAAGAGGUUGAGAGAAUCCAAAGUAACGCAGAAAAGUUGAAGUCACGUGUGGAUGAGAUCCACGACAGUAAGAGAAGGCUCGAGCAGGAUCUGAAGAGACAGGCUUCGGACAACAGGGAGAUCGACAAGAAGAUGAACAGCCUCAAACCUGACCUCAUGCAGCUCAGGAAGAUCCGAGACCAGUACCUGGUAUGGCUCACCCAGAAGGGCACCAGGCAGAAGCAGAUUAACGAGUGGCUGGGGAUCAGAAGUGAAGUGGAAGACCCGUAUUCCCUGGCCGAUGAAGAGGAGGUUGCCCACCAGGACGAGUGCACCUGGUACGUGGGCGACAUAAAGCGCGGCCAGGCGGAGGAUCUGCUUAGGGGCCGGUGUGACGGCACCUUCCUCAUCCGAGGCAGCCAGACGCAGAAGGGAUCGUUCGCCUGCUCUGUGGUAGUGGACGGGGACAUCAAGCACUGUGUGAUUUUCAAGACCUCAAAAGGCUAUGGCUUCGCUGAGCCCUACAACUUGUACUCCUCGCUGAGAGACCUGGUCCUGCACUACAGACACACCUCCCUGGUCCAGCACAACGACCAGCUGAACGUGAACCUGGCCUGGCCAGUCCUCAGCCAGCAACCCAGAUGAAUCUGAAUUGGCGUGAAGCCAUGGCGACAGGCGACUGCGAGGCAACCACACUUGCUGGAACCGGAACUGCAACACUUUUGCUGGGUCAUAGGAGGAUCUCAAGAUACAACCUGCUAGUGUGUGAUUUCAACCUUGGGUUGACUGGAUGAGCGGGUUGGUACCCUUUUGACUGUACGUGGUUCAGUUUUCCCUCAUGUUGCCAUAACUGUACAGUGUUGGAACCCAAGUAUAGUAACUGAUGUAGACAUAAAUAACUAAAUAACACCCCUUAUAUGAGCCACAACUAUAAGAUCAGGGAUCUUGAUCAUUUUAUUUAAGUUGGUAAACUUUGAAUGUUCUGGGCAUGGCCAUUUUCUUUGUAGGUUAACACAAGUGCCUUUUAAUCCUAUCCAGUCACUUCAAUUGUCUUUUCCCCCUCCCUAAUGCACCAGAGAUCAACGAGCCAGCUUUCUGAAUCAGAAUCAGAAUUCAGAUUCAGAUUCAGAAAGCUGGUUCGUUCAGCACCUCGAGUCCUCUCCUCUAUAACACAGGGCUGCGGGAGAACUUUAUAGGAGUGGUACAGUAGCACAGACCCGCAGCACUGUGUGCACAAUUUGGAUGGAGGGGGUCCUGUUGUCCCUUAGAUUGCCUUAGUGUGUGUUUGAAUGAUUGAUAGAUCACGUUCCCCAUAACAAAUGUAUUCUUCUACAUUUUGUAGCUGUGUGGAUCGUGAGGUAAGAUGGUGUAGCCCAAGGCAGGAAUGUUAUUGGAUAAGCCUGCUAUACACACAGUGUAGUUUAUUACACCAUUUUGUCUCUGGGUUAUGUGUGUGUGUGUUGGUUAAUGGGUGCAUGAUACUAUAAGUAUACUUGAAAUCAACACUUGACAAACUGUGUAGUCAUGAACAUGGAGCAGUUUAUGAAGAUGAUGAUCCUAUACAGAGCUUUUUUCAAGGCAGUGAAGAAAUUCGUGCUGAAAUCAAUAUUUCUUCGGUGUUUUCGAGUAGCUAGAAAUGCAUUGUCGAAUACUGAGGAGAACAUGUUUCAAUAUAAAAAUAACAUUUUCUCGUCAAACCAAUAGCACAUGCACAGAAUGUAUCUCCCUUCAUUGGAAGAUACUAUAUGCUAUUUUCAUGUGAAGCUUUUUGGUGCAGGAAAUUGAGAUUUUGUUACAUUGAUGCAGAUGUCAGUAUAAAGCGUUUUGGCAGUGAUGUAUUUUCCUAACACGCAUGGUUUGAUGAAAUUUUGCUCAAAUUCAAAACUUAAAAUGUGGGAAUAUUAUGCAUCCUGUUAGGUAGCAAAAGUGUCUACUUCGAUUGACACUAUAAUACUAGUUACUGUGUUGAGGCUACUCCAGAUUUGACUAGACUUCAGAUUUGAAUAGUCUGACUAUACGCCUUGAUACAGUGUAUAUGAAAGUACUGUAAAAAAGAAAGGCACAUCUACUGUACAUGCAGUGUAAGACAGUGACCAAAGUUUAGACAGUCUUAGACCAGAAAGCAGAGUAGAUGAAAAUUGUGACGUUUUCAAAUAUUUUAUGGUCUUUCUGUGGCUUGGACCUAUAUCUGAGAUUUAAAAAAAAUCUGAUAAUCUGUAUGAUUAUGCUGUGGAUUUUUUUUUCUGUUUUAGAGUGUGUGUGAGUGGUUAAUAGUGACAUUUUAUAGGUUCCUGUAUUCACAGAAAUAAGCUAGUGACUGUAUGACAGUGCGGUGCUAGAUUUGGCAUGAAACACAUCUAUGAUCAGACCUGCCACAGUAACACAACAAAUGAUGAUGAUGAUAAUAAGAGAUGGCAGAGAUCCUGUAUGAAAUUUGCUUUUAUAAAAGGCUGUUUUAACUUCUAUGUUCAUAUUUUGUUGUCUGUUUAUAACUCAAAUACCUUGAAUACAUUUUUUCCCUUGCGUUUAGAUUUGGUCUCUAAAUAACCAAAUCAAAAAACAACUGUUUGAUUACUUCAGUAAAAGUUAUGUGAAAUGAAACUUGUAUUGUUUCAUUAAGAUUUUUUCUUUUUACUUGUUUGUAGGACUACUGUGUUUAGUUAGCUUUCUUGUUUGUGCAAACAAAAAUACACAACUAGCAAAUACAGCCAUCUACAUUAUACAGUAAAAGUAAACAUUUUGCAGAAACUUGUUUGAACUGCAAAUAAGUCAAGAUUCCCUUAAAAGUCUUUGAGAAACUAUUUUUCUGCUAGGUUUUGACAUGCCCCUGGCUGGCUAGUACAACAGUCCACAUAUGUUGGUAUGAAGUUCUUUGACUGAUCUCUGCUGGAGAAGAGAUGUAAAUGUUGAUUUCAUUUUGCACAAGAAUAAAUGUCAUAACAGUUUG